AUGACCGAUCCCGCCGCCAGGAUGAGAACCUGGGCGCCUCGUGAAGCAGCGAGUCCCACGAAGCCCCCCAGGCGCACGGGGUCCUUUCCGCACGAGGUGAGGCGCGCGGCUUCCCAGGCUCCCAGCGCACCGACGCCGGUGGCGGCGGGGGCGAAGGGAACCAGGGAUCGUGGUCCUCGAGAUCGGUCUGCAGGCCCUAGGGCCGGAGAGAAUUCGAACUGCGAGUCCUGGGUCCGAGAGAAAGUGCUGUUUCUAAUGCAUCCAGAGAGGUGGAUGGGGGCUCACGGCGACCCUCGCCUGGAAGAGGUGACUGCUUGGGGGGACCUUCCGCGCUUGGGUGGAGACGGCCACCACCGGGACCCCGACGGCCUUUCUCAGUAUCCUCGAGAAAAGAGGACUUCUGGCCCGCGGAUAGCCACUGUCCCCGGGUUCCCACCGCGGACCCCCAAGGCCGUCCCCAAGUCUGUGCUUGUGCGGGUCAUGGAUUAUCAUGAGACGCAGGAAGUGCUGCAGACCGAGUGGACGAGGGGCCAAAUGACCACCAAGACUGAGGAGCGCUCCAUGACCGCGGUCACUUUCCGCACCGGCAGGGAGUGA